GUCACUUUUGAUGGCUGCCAACAAUCAAGUUGAUCAGACUCGCUAUGAAUACUAUGACUAAUCCUGAGACUGCAAACAAUUUGAGGUCUGCGAAAAAGGGAGAGUCUGUUGCUGGUUUUGACCUGACCCGCGCAGCCUGUAUACUAAUUGCAGGGCAAACAUUAAUCAAGCUCAUGACAUUUGCAAUGAACCAAAUGCUGAUUCAACAUGUCGCACCUACGGGUCUAGGACUUUGCAGCCUCAUCGAAUUUGUGAUCAACACUGUACUCUUUAUCAGCAGAGAGCCGGUUAGGCUAGCGGUGCAGGCUAUGAAUACUGAAUUGCAGGACUACGACCAACUCCUGGUGAACUUUUCCUACUUGCCAUUGGUUUUGUGUGCUAUUAUUGUUGGUCCCUUUGUGUAUUGGCAACUUGGUUUUGGUGGCCUUUUUCUGCACUCGUGGCACUAUCAGCUCUGUCUAGUUGCUAUAAUAGCCUCAAUGGUGCUGGAAAUCCUCAGCGAGCCUUACUACAACGCUAACCAGACAAAAUUGAAUGUUACAAAAAGAGCAAAGAUUGAAAGUUUUGCCUCCUUUGUCAAAUGUGUGGUUCAGUUUUCCAUCGUAAUGAACGUUCGCAUGAAAGCCGGGAAAGAUGCCACUUUCGUGGUUGCUUACAUCCUUGCACAAUUCUUUUACUCGCUCACUAUAUUUGUAUGCUAUUCGAGAUUUAGGCUCGCUUGGCCUCGCGUCUCGUCUACAGGUGCCUUCCUCGAGCCAUCCACAUGGAAUUAUCUGUGCUCGCUUUUUCUUCAACAAAUAUUCAAACAAUUUCUCACCGAGGGUGACCGAUUUGUGCUCAAUCAAUUCUUUCCGAUUGUUGAUCAGGGAUACUACGCUAUCGUUCUCAACUAUGGAUCAUUGAUGGCACGAUUGUUGUUCCAGCCAAUCGAGGAAACCGUCAGAAUGAACACAGCAAAGCUUUUUGCCUCGAACCAGUCAGAAUCAUGCAAGCGGUCAAGCCUUAACAACAACGUUUACAAAGUGGCAACCGUUUACAUCUACAUGUUGACUUUGCUACUUUUAUUUGCUCCUCGAAAUACCUCAUUCCUCGUCCAUCACGCAUUUCCAAACAUGGCAGACCCUGAAAAGCUUGUCGAGGUUUUCAAAAUCUACUGGUAUUACCUCCCUCUACUAUCCAUGAAUGGUAUACUCGAAGCGCUCUUCAACUCGGUCUAUACAGAUCCACAUCACGUGAGUCUGUACUCGCGACUAAUGUUCGUCAAUUCCGCGUGUUUCUAUCUGACGUCCGCCUUCUUCAUCAAACGGUUUCAGCUUGGACUUGUAGGUCUGAUUUUGGCGAACUCUAUCAACAUGCUUACUCGGAUUCUAUUUUGCGCGUUUGAAGUCAAACCUUUCCUCAGCUUCAAAGGCCAAAAUUACACCAAAUUCCUUUACUUCUGGGCAUUUUGUGCUGUAAUAGUCGCCAUUCAAAACAAAGUCAUUGCAGGAGAUACGGUCACUGCGAUCCAGUUUGGUCAGGAUCUUGGACUCGGACUUGUUGCCUUGGCCUUUAUCGUUAUGAUCGAAAGCAAAAAUUUAUUAUCUAGCAAUGACUAUUAGCGAACCCUGCUCCGACAGUACGGACAAGUGUUGCAGCGAUUAUACCACGUUCCAAAACAGUCCUGGUGAAACACAUGCCGACAGCCUAACAACACUGUAUCCUGAGUUAUCAAGUCAUCCAAACAAAUGAGGCACUUGUUAUUGACUAUUGUUGCCGCUCUGUAAUCGAAAGUUGGCAGUCUCACCAACAUUGACUGGAACUGGCGAAUUCUUAUACAUCUUCUCAUGCUCUGAAUCGUGAGCUUGGCGAUGUUUAUGACUGUGGACGUUUGAUAUCUAGUGCGUGAGUAAUAAAUAAAAAGAAUCACGCAUAUAUUAAAGAACGUUGCCUUAGAGAACAUCUUCGAGAAUGCUGUUUCCACAAACUGCGGCGAUAUGUAGUAUAAUGAUCCAGAAGUAGCAGCACCAAGCCCUAGCUUCUUGAAGUUAGAGUAGGGAACUUGGUCUGACCUGCUUCCUAUCAUUAGAGCAAU